AUGUCUCGCUUUACAAUGGAGAAACAUUACGGUGAAUGGAUGUUAUCUCGUUGGUACGACAACAUUCCGGGUCCUGACAGACUAGUGGAAGUGUCUACGUCGCUAAGUGAAGAAGAAGCGUACAAUUUUGUCGAUGCUUGGUCCAAGAAACUUCUCACGCCCGCUCUCGACCCAGAGCGUCUCAAAAGUAUCACGGAGUCUUUGAUAUCAAGCCAUUGGAAUCAGGCCUGCAGGAUGGGUUGCCUUGCUGUGCAGUUCACCUACAUCAAUGGCUUUUAUCAUCGAUUUGUAUGGAGGGUUUCUUAA